AUGCAUCUUAAUCUGUCGUUCCUUAUUGCCUUGCUCCCUCUUGCCUCCAGCUUCGUCCACCCCGGCCUCCUCGUCACGGACAGCGACAUCACCCGCGCACAGAAAAAGAUCAAAGCAAACGCAGACCCAUGGAUCACCUCCUGGAACGUCCUGACCCGUCUGCGUUUCUCCGACGUCAGCUACACCCCUUCACCAGCCAGCGUUGUCUACCGUGGCGACUGGGACGGCAACACCGCAAACGCAGAGGACCUAUGGCACGACGUCGCCGCCGCAUUCAAUCUCGCCCUUCGCUGGAAAAUCUCCUCAAACACUACCUUUGCCGAUGCAGCGAGCAACAUCCUCCAUGCCUGGGCAACCACGCUAACCGCCCUCGGCGGCGGCGACGACAAGUACCUGACAGCUGGACUGCAGGGGUACGAGCUCGCCAACGCCGCCGAGCUGCUCCGGGACUACGAGCCGUUCGCGACGAAGGUUCUUCCAUCUGUGAUCGAUAUGGCUAAUAAGAUUUUUAUUCCAAUGCACUACAAGUGGUUGCGCCAUGAGGAGCCCUCGCAGCAUAACAUCCUCCACUUCUUUGCAAACUGGGAGCUGUGCAAUAUCGCUUCUGCCAUGGCUAUGGGUGUCUUGACAGACAACCAGACGGUAUGGGACUUUGCGGUGGAGUAUUUCAAGCAGGGGGAGGGAACCGGCGCGAUCCAUAAUGCCAUCACGGAUAUUGUGGAGGAACCGGGCACGGGAACGCCGCUAGGCCAGGGCCAGGAGGCAGGUCGCGAUCAGGGCCAUUCAGCGCUGGAUAUCCAGUUACUGGCGGUGGUUGGACAGCAGGCCUGGAACCAAGGGGAGGAUUUGUUUGCGUUGAAUGAUAGUCGUAUUCUGAGCGGGACCGAGUACUGGGCGCGGUAUAACCUAGGCCACGACGUCCCCUUCGUGCCCUACUCCAACGGCAUCGUCAGCUUCACGGAAAUCAGCAGUGCGUCUCGCGGCGCGAUGCGGCCGACCUGGGAGCUGCUGUAUAACCACUACGUGGUGAUCAAGGGGAUGGACGCACCCUGGACGACUAAGUUUCUCAACGAGUCUCUGAACUAUUAUGGCGGCGCAGAAGGGGGCGCAGGGUCCUGGGGUGAGGGGUCAGGUCACUAUGAUGGACUCGGCUGGGGAUCGUUGCUGCAUCGCUUGGAUGAGUCGGAUGUCGCGGCUGCAAGUUCUGGGGCGAGCACGCCGACUGCUCCGCCGUCGGCCGGUAAAGCGGUCUCGAAGCUACCGCAGAGUACGCCUGGUUCGAGUCCUGCGGUAUCCUCUGGCGGAAAGUCAACUUCGGCAGCGGCCGCGUCUACGAGUGCCUCUAGCAGUACUCCUUCCCCCUCUUCUCCAGGCACGAGCACCCCUGCAGCUUCUGCAGACCCGCGUCCUACUGAAGCCGGCCAGAAGCCCGGUCAUCGUGGACACCGUCAUGGACACAAACAUGGGGGAUGUCGUGCGCAUUCACGAGUCUAG